AUAAAUAUUAAAUAUUUUGUCUGUUGAGUGUUGAGCUUUUUGCCAAUUAAUAAUUAUUAUAAAUAUUUCAACUUCCAGUUACAGCAAUGCCAUUUUAUUCAUCCUAACUAUUUACGUCUUUAUAGUUAGUUUUAUACCGCGUUUGUCGUUUAUUUCUUGUUGUCUUUAUCAAAUAUGAAGUUCUUCAAUAGCAGAUAUAUAUUUGGGUUGUAUAAUAGAACCCUGUGGCCGAUUAAAAGCGUUCGACCAUCACUUUCAAAUCAUCAGUUCUUAGUAUGUCAUUCAUAUUCUUCUUUGGCUACGACAACCAAUGGAAUUUCUAGUGAGCUGUUAAGAAAUUCAGGAGUACGGUCGUAUUUGAAUAAACUUAUAUCCGAAGAUUACUCGGAAAGCAUGUCUAAACCUAACGUGUCUGCUUUAAUAUCUGCUAUACGUUCUUUAAAAGUUGAUUUACAAUCACUUAAUGAAUUUGAUACAGAAAAAGAAAAAGACAAAGAAUUUGGCGAACAAUUACAAAAAGAAAAAAAGUCUCACGAAGAGCAAUUGACAAAACUAGAACUAGAACUUCUAAGUUCAUUAGUACCCAAUGAAGAAUUUAAUUGUGAAGAUGUCAUGUUGGAAAUAACGGCUGGAGUAGGAGGUCAAGAAGCAAUGAUAUUCACACAAGAACUUUUUGAAAUGUACAAUUCUUUUGCACAGUAUAGAGGAUGGAAAAGUGAAGUAGCUGACUAUUGCCAUACUGAAAUGGGAGGUAUACGCCAUGCAUGUCUAAUGCUGUCGGGCAAUGAUUGUUAUAGUUUGCUGCAACAUGAAGGUGGUGUACAUCGAGUUCAACGUGUUCCAAAAACAGAAAAGUCUGGAAGAAUUCAUACUAGUACCGUGACAGUAGCCAUAUUACCUCAGCCAACCGAAUUAGAUGUGGUGAUUAAUGACCGAGAUUUAGUUAUAGAAACUAAGCGAGCAUCUGGUGCAGGAGGCCAACAUGUUAACAAAACGGACAGUGCUAUAAGAAUGCACCAUAAGCCAACAGGUGUUGUAGUCGAGUGUCAGACAGACAGAUCACAAAUUAAAAAUAGAAAAAUAGCAUUACAAAAAUUAAGAGCAAUCAUUUAUAAAAGACAACUCGAACAACAACAAUCAUUGACUAGAUCUGCUAGAAAACAACAAGUUGGUUCUAGUGCAAGAUCAGAAAAAAUUAGAACAUACAAUUUUAAUCAAGAUCGAAUCACCGAUCAUCGUCUGUCUAAAAGUUUUCAUAACUUAGUUGGUUUUUUAGAAGGCAGAGAAUAUUUGGAUAAGGUUGUCAAUGAGUUACAAGAAAGGGCAAAUAAAAUACUCUUUGAUGAAUUUAUUGAAAGUAUUUCAAAACAAAAUUAAAACUGUUCUUCAAUUAAUAUAGAGUUGCAAGUUAUUUGGUUAAGUUUGAAGUUAAUUGUAUAUAAUAUGUUUGGUAUAAUAUAAAUAUUAAAACAAUUACAA